AUGAAAGAAAGUAGCCGGAAGCAAGGAGCGGCGUCACCGUGUGCGGCUUGCAAGCUUUUGCGGCGGCGGUGCGCUCAAGAUUGUGUUUUUUCGCCGUAUUUCCCGGCGGACGAGCCUCAGAAAUUCGCCAAUGUUCAUAGAGUGUUUGGUGCUAGCAACGUUAACAAGAUGCUUCAGGAGUUACCGAUCCACCAGCGUGGAGACGCCGUGAGCAGCAUGGUCUAUGAAGCUAAUGCAAGAGUUCGUGACCCAGUGUACGGUUGCGUAGGGGCAAUUUCGUCCCUCCAGCAACAAAUUGAUGUGUUGCAAGCCCAACUAGCUCUGGCUCAAGCUGAAGUGGUGCACCUACGUGUUCGCCACUCCACCAACUUCCAGGGCCAUGGGCUAUGCCCGGAUAGCCCGAGUAGCAGCGGCUCACCUUCAUCGAAGCAAGUCAGUCCACAAGACAACAAGGGCAUGUUUAGCCAUAUGGACAUGGUGGAUGAAGCCAGUUUGGGAGAGUCUAUGUGGUCUUGCUAG